AUGGGUAACGCGUUGUUUGCGUCGUGUCUCCCUGACGCGCAGGCGGAUUCGCAGGCGCUUCGGGAGGCGGCGCUCAACGUGCCUCCUCCCUCUUCAUCUGCAACCUCCCCCACUUCUACGCAUGGGUUUUCAUCUUCUGCGGAUGAGGACACAAAUUCGGGGGCGGGCGUGUUCGCCUCAACCCCAACGAACAACACCACGAGCUCCUUCUCGCCCUCCUCGCCUCCCUCUUCAUCCACCAUCUCGCCCGGCCCUAGCGGCAUCAACGUGCGUCGCGCCCCCGAGGCCGCCCCCGCCCCCCGCCGCUCUACUCCGCCUGCCGGCCACGAACGAGCCGAGGCGGCCGCACCUGCACCCGCACCUGCGCUUGGAGGCGCCGUCAAGCCAGUCGCCAAGCCGCAGCCCCAACAGCAGCCACCCAAGAAGGUGGAGGAGGUGGACUACUUCCAGGACAUGGAGCCCACCUACGUACGACCGACCAUCAUCCAGAAGGGUCCCGCCAAGCCACAGGCCGCCAGCCGCCUGGCCGUCGAGACCGACCCCUCCUGGGAGGACGAGGCCGAAGGUGCCUGGGACGAGGACGACGGCCUGGAGUAG